AUGGCAGAGGGCGGCGGCGGCGGCGGGAGACCGCCGAGGUUGCCGAGGUGGACGCGACAGGAGAUCCUGGUGCUGAUACAGGGGAAGAAGGUGGCGGAGAGCAGAGGGAGGGGGAGGGCGCAGCAGCAGCGUCACCAACAGGGGUCGUCCUCCUCCUCGACGGCGGCGGGGGCGGCGCUCGUCGGAGCGGGGCAGCCGGUGGAACCCAAGUGGGCGACGGUGUCUGCCUACUGCCGGCGGCACGGGGUGAGCCGGGGCCCCGUGCAGUGCCGGAAGCGGUGGAGCAACCUGGCCAGCGACUACAAGAAGAUCAAGGAGUGGGAGGCACGCCGGCGAUCGGAGAGCGGUGGCGAGUCCUUCUGGGUCAUGAGGAACGACCUGCGGAGGGAGCGGAAGUUGCCGGGGUUCUUCGACAAAGAGGUGUAUGAUAUCCUCGACGGGACAACGGAGGGGGGGGAGCCGGUGGAGGAGCAGGAGGAGGAGGAGGAGGAAGAGCCUGGCGACUCGUUGCGUCGGGAAGUUCCCGAGGCUGCUGUUGCUCCUGCUGCUGCUGCUGAGCCAGACCCCGGGGCAGUGGCGGGGGAUGCAGAGGAGCCGGCGACGGGGGUGGCGGCGGUUUUCGACAGCGGGCGUACUGCGGCGGAGGACGCCUUGUUCUCGGAUUUCGAGCAGGAGCGGGACGAGGAGGGGGACGAGGACAGGGACGACGAUAGGCCGGCGGCGGCCCCGACGACGUCCGCCUCGCCAAUACGGGGUACUCUGCAAUUCUCCUCAAAAUUUUCCUCUUCCAGUCGAAAGAUCCAUUCAAUCCCUCACGAUUACGAGAGCACCGAUCGAUCGAUCGGAGUCUUCUUCGUCUAAAAUCAGGGGGAUGUUCUUCACCAUCCUUUCUUCCACGGAUCGUCCCUUCCACCAAGGAGAGCGAAUCAUGAGGGUAUUUGUCCUCCCGACCAGUACUGAUAGAUCUCUCGGUCUACGGCGCAGGCGCAGGGGAAGAUAAGGAAGCUCAGGAGGAUGUCCAGAAGGAUCCUUCUUCGUCGCAAGAAGGACGGAAGCGGAAGCGGCCACCGGCGGGCGAAGCCUUGGAGGAGGACAGCUUGCCAGAUCAACUCAUCCAAAUCCUGGAGCGGAACAGUCGAGCGUUGAUGACCCAUGUGGAGGCUCAGAACGUCAACCACCGGCUGGACAGAGAGCAAAGGAAGGAACACGGCGAUAGCUUGGUCGUCGUCCUCAGCAAGGUUGCCGACGCUCUGGGCAGAAUCGCUGACAAACUGUAG